AUGUUGAAAGAUUUAAAGAUAGAAGAGGCUUUAGGUGAGAUAUUUGGGUUACCUGAUAAUUUAAAAUUAUCAGACAACAAUGUUGAGUCAGAGGAAGAAGAACAAUUUAAUAUAGCUAGACUUGAAAGUAUAUUGGCAGGACUAGAUGAUAAUGAUGAUACUAAUAACCCAGAAGCGCAAGCUGAACGACACAAUAUAAAUAGUAGCCAGUCUCCAAGUUCUUCCAGGGUUAAUUGCGUAACUGGGCCACUCCCUAUACCACCUGUUUUACCAACCAAUUCUGAUACAAAAACCUUAUCGCCUGAAAGACCUUUAUCGCCUGACAGGUUCUUAUCGCCUGAAAGACCCUUAAUGCCCGGUAUUUAUGACGAGAGUUCAGAUUCGGACCAGUUUGAUGCUGAUGAAGGGGAGUGGAAAAAAGUAAACUGGACAUUCCAGUUUGAUAAGACGCCUGUAUUGCCAAAGCGACGCUUCAAUAACAGAACAAAACCGGUUCCUUUUAUUUUUUUGAAAGCUUCUUUAUUGUAUAUAUUUACGACAAGUUACAUAAAGUUCGUCCUUUACUAA